AUGCUAGCUGUAAAGACAAACAACCUCAGUGUCACAAGGAAUGAAAUGGUUCAGGUGUUGAUGGCAUCAUAUCAUCAAGUUAUCGGCUCUGAUAUGUCUAUUGGAGCCCACCAGUCUGUUAUUACAUUAGGAGUGGAGCACAGACUUGAUCCACACCUUUGGUUGAAGUCGUGGAUUGCUAACAGCACUGGGCAAGUUAAUGUCAUUUGCCAGUGGUAUUUCUUGAGGGUAAUAGGAGAGUUCAGCCAUUUCCAUAUAUCUAGGAUGGGAUUGGGUAUUGCCCUCAGCUUCUAA